UGACAUUGAUGCUACUCCAAUCGCCUGCCAUGCAGAAAAUUUUAACUUGCAUAAAGUAUUUCUGCUAUCAAAUGAAAGAUUUAAAGAACCAAUUUUUGGUGGCAGAGCAGGUUCACCAGCCCAGCCGAAAAUUUCAUCGAUGAAUUUGUCUCUCGGUAAGAGCACUGAGGGAAAUUCUUCAGAGAAUCAGAAUCCAUGCAACUUGGCAGUGGAUGUGCAGAAAGACAGAGCAAGCUCUAGUUCUUUAUUGGGUAAACGUAGAGCGAUGAGCUCUGAGGACAUCGAUUCCGACACGCCAUCUGAAGGAAAGACGGUUCAUAGCAUUGGUUACAAAACCAACCUUCUAGGGAACUUGUGGAUAACUCGGUUUACUCCAAAGUCUUCUAGCUUCUUGCCGAACCAUGAUAACAGUGGUGCUGUUGAGUGCUCAAGUGACUGCAUGAAGAUUACUCCCUGCUCCAAUGAGAAUGUUUCUAGCAACCUCAAGAUUGUGGAGGCUAAGCGGCAAUGCGUCGAAGAGCCACUAAUUGGUUCUGGUAAAGAAUUACCUUCUGAUACUGAAAUUGAGGCAUCUGUUGGGUUCAAGGAAAUUAUUGUCCUAAAUGACCAGAAAUCCAAAUGUAAUGUGAGCCCUAUUUUACCCUCUUCUAGAAUAAAAGAUUCAGAAGUGAUGGCUUCUCUUUUUGCUAGGAGAUUAGAUGCCCUCAAACACAUAAUGCCUUCUGGUUUAUCGGACAAUACAACUUCAAAUAUCACAUGUUUCUUUUGUGGAAGAAAAGGCCAUCAUUUGAAAUGUUGUCCGGAGAUAACCGAUAAUGAGAUAGAAGAUCUUAUGAGGAAUAUGAAGUCUUCUAAUAAAUUGGAAGUACCUCGUCUGUGCAUUAGAUGCUUUGGGCUUGAUCAUUGGGCUGUUGCAUGUCCUACCACAUCGAGAAGUCGACACCAAUCAGCCUGUAGAGCUUCUUUGGCUAAUCUCAGUGAACUGCAUGGAUAUGCAGGAUUUGAAGAGAAUAAGAACCUUUUAGAAUACAGCCAAGAAGCUAUAGCUCCAAGCACAGUUCAGGUUGGGAUCGAUUAUGGGAAAGGCCCCAAUACUAGUUAUGGGGUUAAUGCGGACAAAAUGAGAUCAACCACAAAUGUGGAUAAGAAAUAUGUAUCUUCCAGUUUGAAGGAAAAUGAGUUGAAAGAAAAUCAGAUGACACCUUGGGGUAAUACGAUCAAUCAUCAGGUUUCAGAUAGGCCAAAGGCAAUCUUUGAUGCUGUUAGACUGCUUCGUUUGUCACGGACAGAUAUCCUGAAGUGUAUGAAUUCGCAAAUAUCAAUCGCACAUCUUGAAGGAUUCUUUUUGCGUUUGCGGCUUGGGAAAUGGGAGGAAGGAUUACGAGGAACUGGUUAUUUUGUUGCCUGCAUAGCUGGGUCACACACACUAGGGACACAGCAAAACUCCAAGAAUUCCAUUUCUGUUGACGUAGGGGGAAUCAAAUGCUUUGUUGAAAGCCAACACAUCUCCAACCACGAUUUUCUUGAGUCAAUCCAAAACUACAUAUGCAUCUUGCAGGAUGAGCUUAUGGCAUGGUGGCAUUCAACUGCAAGAAGUGGUGGCAAGAUCCCAUCUGAAGAACAAUUGGCAAUGAAAGUUAAAGAAAGAAGAAUGUUAGGGCUAUAGGCACCAUACUUAUCAGGUGGUGUAAUUCAUGUUCUUCGUAUAAGUUCAUCACGUUGUUUCCGUAGCUCGUAUCGGCUACAUGGAAGUAGUUCUUAGCAUCCAUUAAAAUUCCAUUUUUGAUCAAGCAAUAAUCAAGUGUGCGGUGUCAAAGGUCAAAACUCCCAACUUGGUAGGGAGAUUACAAAACUCUUGGUUGGUUUUUUGUAUUCCUCUCGAUGAAGCACAAUCGCACAACCAGGGAUGGAUCUAGGUGGGGGCGGUCGCCCUCUAAAAAAAUUAAAAUUAUCAUAUAAUUUAGAUUUUAUUUAUAUAUUUUCUAUUGAAUUUUUUUUCGUCCCUUUAUAAUUUUGUAAGUUCAAGUUCAUCUCUCUUAACAUAAAAUUAUUCGUUCAUCCUUGUGAACAACCAACUUCUUAAUAUAAAAUUUUGU